GAGGGCUGGUGGGAAUAAGUCAGUUUCAUUGGUUUCCGGUGAUAGUGUAGUAAAUGAGAAGAUAAACGUUUCUUCGAGGUGGUCGGCAGCACAAGCAAGGUUAUUGCUGGUGCUUUAAAUUUCGUUUGAACUUCUUUCAGUGGUUUUGGUUCUGCUGCUCCGAGGAUUUUUCAAGAGAUGCGGGGAGCAAGUUCCAGAACAGGUGCAAUGUCAUUCUCUGGUGGACGUGGUCAUCCACGUGGUAGAGGUGGUUCAGGACCGCGAAAUUCAGGAGGACCACGAACUUCAGCAGGACCACGAACUUCAGCAGCAGGAGGACCACGAACUUCAGCAGCAAGUUUCCGGCCACAUAAUUUAAGACCACUUCAACCUCAGCAGACAACACAGUAUCACUAUGAACAGCAGCCUUCUGCACCCCCUCCAACUUACUCUGCCCCACCAGUUACCAGCUACUUACCACCUAGACCCGAAUAUACUCCUUACCCUCCUCAGGUGCCGCCGCUGCCACCACCACCACCUCCACCACCUACAGUGCAAGCUCCAGUUACACAGGUACCCCCAAGACCACCAUUCAUUGCUCCACCAGUGAGACCAGGGUUUCCUGGACCCCCUUGUUUUCCUCCUGCUCCUCCGACAUUACCUAGCCCAAAUGUUCCUGCUGUACCUUUAGCUCCUGCUGCUCCACAGCCUACAUUUCCUUACAUGGUGCCUCCACCACCACUGCCCCCACCGCCUCCUGUUGUGCCACAACAGAUGAACUAUCAGCCACCAUUUUCUGUAAGUUAUGUACCACAGUCAUUUGUUCAACCUCAGUUUAGCAGCGGAUACCAACAGAAGACCAGCUCUUUUCAAAAUGAUCACCAGUAUAGGCACACAAAUCAUUAUCAACCUGAUAAGUCACCAGAUGAACGGAGAUCGCCAGACCGAAAUAAGCACUAUGAUGAUCGCCGACAUCGAGGGUAUAGUGAAAGUAGUGGCGGCAGGCAUAGCGAUCGUCACAGGUCAGACAGCCAUGGGGACCGUGGAGACAGAAGAGACAGAGUACGGAGUCCAGAUCGGUGGAGGCAAGAAAGCAGUCGUCACAGAUCUGAUUAUGAUCGAGGAAGGUCACCUCCUCCUCCUCCCCGGCACAGAAGUCGUGAGCGUAGCAGGAGCAGGGAAAAAGAAAGACAUAGACACAGAGAAACCCGAAGAUCGUCCUCUCCAGAACGAUCAUACAAGAAGGAUCAUAAGAGGGCAAGAAGCCAUUCAGCUAGUCGUGAGAGAAAGAGACCUCGCAGGGAAGAUGAAAAGGAUCGUUGGUCUGAUAGUCGGAGCAGCAGCAAGGAAAAAAGUUACACUGCUAUUAAGGAGAAGGAACUUGAAGAAGACUACACUGAAAAAUUUGAAGCUGACGAAGAAGAACUGUUGAAACCAGUUUGGAUACGCUGCACUCAUGCUGAAUAUUACUACUCUAGUGACCCAAUGGAUCAAGUGGGUGACUCAACAGUAGUUGGAACAAGCAAACUUCGAGAUCUGCAUGAGAAGUUUGAAGAAGAUUUGGGAAGGAGACAAGGUAGAGCUAAAGCAGCCAGACCUCCGUGGGAGCCUCCAAAAACCAAAUUAGAUGAGGAUAUAGAGAGUUCCAGUGAUUCUGAAUGUGAAUCUGAUGAAGACAGCAGCUGCUCCAGCAGUUCAGAUUCUGAGGUCUUCGAUGUAAUUGCUGAAAUUAAGCGUAAAAAGGCUCAUCCAGACCGGCUUCAUGAAGAACUCUGGUACAAUGAUCCUGGACAGAUGAAUGAUGGGCCAUUGUGUAAGUGCAGUGCCAAAGCCAGGCGCACAGGAAUCCGACACAGUAUUUAUCCAGGAGAAGAGGCCUUUAAGGCUUGCCGUCUUAUGACUAACAAUGCAGGAAGGCUUUUCCAUUACAGAGUUACUGUGUCACCUCCAACUAAUUUUCUGACUGACAGGCCAACUGUAAUAGAAUAUGAUGAUCAUGAGUACCUUUUUGAAGGAUUCUCCAUGUUUGCUCAUGCUCCACUGACAAGUAUACCCUUGUGUAGAGUUAUCCGUUUCAACAUUGAUUACACAAUUCAUUUUAUAGAAGAGAUGAUGCCAGAGAAUUUUACUGUGAAAGGCCUUGAAAUGUUUUCCUCUUUCCUGUUCAAAGAUAUCUUGGAACUCUAUGAUUGGAAUCUGAUGGGCCCAGGGUUUGAGGAUGGCUCUUCUUCGUGUCCUAGAUUUCACUUCAUGCCUCGAUUUGUAAGGUUCCUGCCUGAUGGAGGUAAGGAGGUGUUAUCCAUGCAUCAGGUGUUGCUUUACCUGCUGCGGUGCAACAAGCCCCUUGUCCCUGAGGAAGAGAUUGCCAAUAUGCUUCAGUGGGAGGAGUUGGAGUGGCAGAAGUAUGCAGAAGAGUGCAAGGGGAUGAUUGUUACUAGUCCUGGAAUGAAGCCUUGCUCUGUUCGCAUUGACCAGUUAGAUCGGGAACAGUUUAACCCUGCUGUGAUCACUUUCCCUAUUAUUGUCCACUUUGGGAUACGCCCUGCUCAACUCAGUUAUGCUGGAGAUCCACAAUAUCAAAAGCUUUGGAAAAGCUAUGUGAAACUACGCCACCUACUGGCCAAUAGCCCUAAAGUGAAGCAGGCUGACAAGCAGAAGUUGGCACAACGAGAGGAAGCUCUUCAGAAAAUUCGUCAGAAGAAUACAAUGAGACGUGAGGUGACAGUGGAGCUCAGUAGCCAGGGAUUUUGGAAAACUGGAAUCCGAUCAGAUGUUUGCCAGCAUGCUAUGAUGCUGCCUGUCCUGACACACCACAUUCGCUACCAUCAGUGCCUGAUGCAUUUGGACUGUUUGAUAGGUUACAUUUUUAAAGAGCGCUGUUUGUUACAGCUUGCGAUGACCCAUCCUAGUCACCAUUUGAACUUUGGAAUGAAUCCAGACCAUGCAAGAAAUUCAUUAUCUAACUGUGGCAUUCGUCAGCCUAAGUACGGAGACAGAAAGGUCCACCAUAUGCACAUGAGGAAAAAAGGUAUAAACACAUUAAUCAAUAUCAUGUCACGCCUGGGCCAGGAUGACCCUACUCCUUCUAGUGAUGACUUCAGUAAAAAGACACUGACAAAAUGUUAUUUCAGAAUAAACCACAAUGAACGUUUGGAGUUUCUGGGAGAUGCAGUUGUUGAGUUCUUAACAAGUGUACAUCUCUACUUUUUGUUUCCAUCUCUUGAAGAGGGAGGUUUAGCCACAUACCGCACUGCAAUUGUCCAAAACCAGCACCUUGCUAUGUUAGCAAAGAAACUUGAGCUGGAUCGUUUCAUGCUUUAUGCUCAUGGACCAGACCUUUGCCGAGAGUCUGACCUACGACAUGCCAUGGCCAAUUGUUUUGAGGCACUUAUAGGAGCUGUAUAUUUGGAAGGUGGUCUAGAAGAAGCUAAGAUGUUGUUUGGACGCCUUUUAUUUAACAAUGAGGACCUCCGGGAAGUAUGGCUUAAUUAUCCCCAGCACCCACUUCAGUUGCAGGAGCCUCAUACUGACCGACACCUCAUUGAAACUUCUCCAGUCCUUCAAAAACUGACAAAAUUUGAAGAUGCCAUUGGAGCAAAUUUUACUCAUGUUCGGCUUCUGGCACGUGCUUUUACUUUACGUACUGUAGGCUUUAACCACCUUACAUUAGGCCACAAUCAGAGGAUGGAAUUCUUGGGUGACUCCAUAAUGCAGUUAGUGGCCACGAAGCACUUAUUCACACAUUUUCCUGAUCAUCAUGAAGGGCACUUAACGCUCUUAAGAAGUUCUCUGGUAAAUAACCGAACACAAGCCAAAGUAGCAGAAGAGCUUGGAAUGCAGGAGUAUGCUAUUACUAAUGACAAAACCAAGAGGCCUGUAGCACUUCGAACCAAAACGCUGGCUGACCUUCUGGAAUCUUUUAUUGCUGCACUUUACAUUGAUAAGGAUUUGAUGUACGUUCAUACAUUCAUGAAUGUUUGUUUCUUCCCACGUCUCAAGGAGUUUAUUUUAAAUCAGGACUGGAAUGAUCCAAAGUCUCAGCUUCAGCAGUGUUGCCUCACCCUGCGGACUGAAGGGAAAGAGCCUGAUAUUCCUUUGUACAAGACCCUGCAGACAGUGGGACCAUCACAUGCCAGGACAUACACAGUUGCAGUUUACUUUAAAGGAGAACGUAUUGGCUGUGGCAAAGGCCCAAGGUAUUUCUUUUUCCUAUUAAUUAUUUCUUGCUGUCCAUAUGAAGAGAAUUUCCAUGUUUUUCAUAUGUCUAAGGAUCAUCCCAUCAGUAUAGAGAAAUCUGACAUUGUUCCAUCACGUAAUGUUCCUUUUUGGAACAACAAAUGCCCAACAGAAAAGAUGUCCUUUUUGUCUGAAGUUACAAUUCAUGUUUUGUUAUUUUACCUCUGGGAGAAUUGUUUCAUGCUGUUGGGUUCUUGUCUACUUCUAAUCUGUCGGGCAUGCCUAUCCAACUGUACGGAAGGCCUUCGAGUGAUCCCUGGAAAAUAAGCAGUGCCAGUGUACUUGUAGCCUGAAAGGAGUUAAGGAUUUUCAGCAACCUUUGUGUCGGAAUCCAUACUGGAUCAGAAAUGCUAACUGAACAUAUAAAUUUAAGUUUUCUGGGGGUAGCAGAGCACCUUUUGCACCUCCCUGUACUUAUAAAAUAAUUUCUGAGAUUGCUAUACUUUUGAGAAGUGGACAUUCCCUGUGCAGAGAAUAUUGACAAAUUUAAACCACCAACUAUGCAGAGUUAUAUAGUUGAUCUCACAGGUUACCAAGUUCCCAUCCUGAAGCACUGGGUUUUUCUUACAGAACCACUUAAGAGGGAAUGAAGAUUGUGACUUUCCGUAAAACACAUCAAGGCCGGAAUAUCUUUUCAUCUGGAUCCUCAAGGACUCAGAUUUACUUUGAUGAAGGAGCCUGUCUAGGAUCUUUUUCAUCUUUGAUUUGCUGAUUUCUAUUGUUUUCAAAUUUGCAUAUAAAUAUGUAAAAGAUUAUAGCAGUGUAGUAAACCCAUUCUCUAGGCUUCUUUCCAAGAUAGGAUUUUGGUCAGAUCUAACAGUGUAGCAUUUGAAUUCUGUUUGAACAGAGAUGGUGAAAUCUACAUCCAUCUUGCUGGGAAACUGCAGAUCAGAGUGCAAGUGAUGUGUAUGUUGUGUCUUUAAGAAGCAUGUCAAGCCUAUAAGUGCGCACAUAAAUUUCAGGCACGUGCAAUCCCUAGUGCCAUUUUGAAAGAGCAGCCAGGGUGACAGCAUGCGAGAUCACAGUUGUUAAUUUGUAUAUAAGUUACUUAAGUUAUAUCGGUAAUCUUCUAUAUUAAUGUGUUUAUAUAAACUAAAGCGGCUUGAACAGAACCCAUGAAGACUCUUCUAUUGUGUCCUAGAUAGGACAGCGACAUGGUGUCAGAACCAGGUUUAAAGGGAAUAAUAUUCAGAGCCAUGAGGUGCAGAGACGACAGUAAGGGUAAAACUGAGAGAAAAGAGCACAAACAGAGCCAGGAAAGAGUAAAAGUUAAUGAGGAGUAACACAAACUGUGUUUGUUUGAUGCAAAAGACAAAAAGGGGCAUUACAAGGGCACAAACCACAUUAUUAAGCAAGCGAAAAGCACAAAAAGUUUGUUAACUAAAGGAAAUGUUUAAAAUAAAAGUAUUUGAUGAAACGGUUAACAGUAAAGCAAAAGAAGUAUGUUUAAAGCAGAAACGAGCAUGUUUAGAGCAAAAUGGGUGUGUUUAAGGCAAAACUGUGCAUGUUUAGAGUAAAACGAGCACAAAAAAGUACAUUGGGCGUGAAAAGGGCUUAAACAAGCAAAACAAAUAUA